UUGUCAUUGUUAUCAACUCAGGAUUUUACAUUAUAAAAAAAUAGAAGAUGAAUUCUAAAGAUAAAAUCAAUCAGCCAACAUGUUCAACUCCUCGUCCAAAGAAACAGCGGUUAGAAUCCAAACAUUCAUCAACAUAUAACCAUAAGAAAGCGUUGGCAGCUGACGAGAAUAUUUAUUUAGCAUUAGCUCAAUUUUUUUUUGAUGUAACAUUUCAUUUAACGUUGUUGAAUCAAAAUAUUUCAAAAACUUUUUGAAACUUCUACUUCCAACAUACAAACCUCCAACAAGGAAAAAACUUUCUACAAAUCUGCUCGACAAGGUUUACCAAAAUUUAUUGGCUGAAAGAGUCUCAUCUCUUGGAUCUGAUGGCGUUCUAUUAAUUGAUGGAUGGAAAAAUUCAUCAGCUAAUACGAAAAAUGUGAUAAUGCAUCGUCAAUGAUGUCAAUGAGAAAAAAAGUAGACAUUUGGCACACUACUUGUCACAGCCACAGUGGAAAUUUGUUAGCAAAGGACCUGGUGCCAGAGACAUUUGCGAAGAAAGUAAAUAACCUUUUGCGAUCAUUUAAAACACCAGGUGCAGAAUACGAAUUAAAGCAGCAAGGAGGCUCCAGAAUUAUCCUAGCAUGUGACACAAGAUGGUGUAGCUACAGAAAUGCAUUUAGAUGUCUGCUAAAAAAUUUAUGCCUGAUGCAAACAUUAGUAGCUAAGAAAAAGGUUCAACUAGAUAGUAAAAGUGAAAGUCUACUGAAGGAUCCCUCAUUUGCGAUACAAUUACAGGAUUUUAUCUUGAUUUUUGACCCGAUAUGCCAAUUAAUAAAUGUCUGUCAGCGAUCUAAUUGCAGAAUAGCCGACGGAUGUGAAGAAUGGUUAAAAUUGCAAAUUCCAACAGAUAAUGAUGAAAUGCAACAAAAGUUGAAUAAUCGACUGAGUAAAGUUUUAACACCAAUUAUGCUGACUUCGAACUUUCUACAUCCUCAGUACCGAGCCAAACAAUUUUUACACGAUGAACAAAGAAUGAAAAUAAUGGUUUUUGACUUUUUGAAACAAGAAUUGAAUGUGCAAUGUAUCACUGAUAAACCGGAGUUGGAUUUAUAUAAAAAAAAAUUUUGGUAUAUUUGAAAAAUUACAGAAGCGAAAUAUCAUGUCACCAGAAACGUUUUGGAUCACAGCUGAACCAUUCUGCCCUCGUCUAUCAUCGCUUGCUAAGAAAUUACUAAAAAUUCCGGCUGCUUCAGCGCAACUUGAACGACUCUUUUCUUGCUGGGCUUUUGUUCAUUCGGAUUUGCGUAAUCGUCUUACUGUUGACCGGUCUAUGAAAUUGAUUGAUAUUUAUUACACUUUAAAAAUGAAUGAAUAUUUUGAUGAUUAUUACGAUGAUUUGGUAGA